UGGAGUGCUAGGGACGCUGGCGCAUCUCCGGCACCCCCCAACUCCAAGCAGCAAGUAGGCGCGCAAGCUCCUUUCUCCCUUCUCCACUCUUAGACGCCUCCCUGCAAACCAGAGGGUGGUUGCUGAGGGACCCCUGUCUUAGCUGACCUUCUUUUUAUGCUGUAUGCAAGGAGAAGCAGGGCGAGGGACAAUUUGGUGCUCUAGGACUGACCACCGGCUGUGUUCAGAGGAGUGGUUGGUGCUGGGGGAAUCCAUGCGGGGACCAUGGACCGAGCGCUGCUCCUGGGACUGCCCCGCCUGUGCGCGCUGUGGGCAGCCCUGCUUACACUGUUUCCCUGUGGAGCCCAAGGAAGCUGGAUGUGGUUGGGCAUCGCCUCCUUUGGCGUCCCGGAGAAGCUGGGCUGCGCCAACUUGCCGCUGAGCAGCCGCCAGAAGGAGCUGUGCAAGAGGAAACCGUACCUGCUGCCGAGCAUCCGCGAGGGCGCGCGCCUGGGCAUCCAGGAGUGCAGGAGCCAGUUCCGCCACGAGCGCUGGAACUGCAGGGUCGCCGCCCCGGCCGCCGCCACGCCGCUCGGCCAGGGCCCCCUCUUCGGCUACGAGCUGAGCAGUGGCACCAAGGAGACAGCGUUCAUUCACGCCGUGAUGGCUGCGGGCCUGGUGCACGCCGUGACCAGGUCCUGCAGCGCAGGCAACAUGACCGAGUGCUCCUGCGACAGCACCCUGCGGGACGGAGGGUCUGCAAGUGAGGGCUGGCACUGGGGGGGCUGCUCGGAUGAUGUGCAGUACGGCAUGUGGUUCAGCAGGAGGUUCCUGGACUUGCCCGUCGGAAACACCACGUCAAAGGACGGCAAGGUCCUCCUUGCCAUGAACCUGCACAACAACGAAGCCGGGAGGCAGGCUGUUGCCAAGUUGAUGUCAGUAGACUGCCGCUGCCACGGAGUUUCUGGCUCCUGCGCUGUGAAAACAUGCUGGAAAACCAUGUCUUCUUUUGAAAAGAUUGGUCAUUUGUUGAAGGAUAAAUAUGAAAACAGCAUCCAGAUCUCAGAGAAAAUAAAGAGGAAAAUGCGCCGGAGAGAAAAAGAUCAGAGGAAAAUACCGAUUCACAAGGAAGAUCUACUCUACAUCAAUAAGUCUCCCAACUACUGUGUGGAGGACAAGAAGCUGGGCAUCCCAGGAACUCAAGGCAGAGAAUGCAACCGCACCUCGGAGGGUGCAGACGGCUGCAAGCUCUUAUGCUGUGGCCGAGGCUACAACACCCAUGUGGUUAGGCAUGUGGAGAGGUGUGAGUGUAAGUUUAUCUGGUGCUGCUACGUCCGCUGCAGGAGAUGUGAAAGUAUGACUGAUGUCCACACUUGUAAGUAACCUUCCUUCAUCCUUGGGCAGAACUCAGCCACAUUAGCUGGAUUGCAAACCAGUGAGUACCUCGCAUUGGGCAGGGCUGCUGAAGUGGACGUGCACAUUGGAAUCCCCUCACCCUUGACGGAUCAACGUCUAAUCACACAUCGAUCAUGUGAAUUUCUUGGGAUUCUAAAGUUGAAAAGAUUUGUGUUCAUCUUUUGAUGGUUUGGGAGUAGGUUCUGACAUACAAGCCAAAACCCUUAGGUUGGUGCCUCAGUCCAUUUCCAGCCUAAGAGCCACAACUGUGGAAUUCACAGGAUGGAACUUAGUAAUGAUGGGUAUACAGUAGUCAUGCGAUACACUUCUAGCAGAAAAUGAAACUCAUUUAUUCUUUCAGUAUUUUAAUUAAAGAACUCAUGCUUGCAUGCGCAUAGAUUGAAGAUAUUGAAGAGAGUGUCUCCUCACCUAUACGUCUGCAGACAAUCUCCCUAAAUGACACAAUGUCCCUCAAAAGUGUGUUGGAGGUGUUUUAUGGCAAACCAAAAGAAUCAAAAUGUAAAGUGUACAUUAUUAAGUGCCUUUAGCCCAGAGAAUUUGUCUAGAAAAAUCUGCAUAAGUUAUACAGCCAUCUUUGCUCUUCGAAAUCCUAGUUUACUGUUGACCAGCUUUCACUGCUAAGAACUCAGCUUUGAGAUGCGGGGGGAAGCAGAGAUCCUGCACACAACGGCAAAAGCUGAGAUGAGAAUGCAAAGGGCUCCCACUCGUUGUAAAGAAAAGCACCAUUUAAAUGUGUAAAGACAGUAUUUUGUAUAGAGUUUUGGCUAAAAGAAAUUAUAUUUUGUAAACAUUAUAUUUAAGUUAUAGGAUAUAUAUUAAAAAUUAAGACACUUACUACCAAAGCCCAAAAGCUAAAGCAGUAAGGUUAGUUUGGAAAUAAGAUUAGCUUCCGUUUCUUUCAUCACAUUCUUUCUUAACUUUGUAAUAGAAGGCAAUUGGACACCUGGUCAGAGGAAUGUGUAUUUCUUGCCAAAUGACUGCUUUACAUAGGCUAAAAUAUGCUGCAAAACAUUGAGAAUUAAAGUCUCUUAAAUUCACAUUAGUUAUACUUAACUCCUAAGGUUUCCAUAAGUUAUAUAGAAAAGGUCUUACUUGGAAAAUGAGUGGAAACCAGAAUAAUGAUCAAUUUGUGACUUUGAUAUCCUGGCUAUUUAUUUCUUAUAAUGCUACAUUUCCAUUUGAAUGUUUGAUGAUCUUUCUAAUUUUUAAUAAUCAUGCAUGCAUAUUCAUUAUUUGUACAAAUGUCCUGGUGAAAAUGUCAGGGCUGUAUUUAAGGUAAAUGUUUAUGACUUUAUGAACUGUUAAAUAUUUCACUAUUAUGUAGAAAAACAGAUUUUCCACAUU